AGGCGAAGGAACGGAGGAGGGAACACUGGGGAUUUAGUUUCGUAGUUUGCAUAUAUCUCUCUCUCUAUAUUUGUCCUUUCGACAAAUAGCAGAUUUUGACGUGUUGGUUUCCUUAUUCUCCGCCAAAUGUAGAGAUGCUUUUGGGCGGAAGAAGGACUUGAAGAAGAAGAAGAAGAAGAAGAAGAAGAAGAAGAAGAAGUGAAAUUAAGGACCAACUGCAAUCCAAUCCAGCUUGCACGCAUCACUAGUCUCCACCGCUCGUCUCUGAAUCCUUAUCCGAAAUUCUGCGUGAAUACCCUCGAUUGUCUCUGUCUCUAUUUCUUCUCCUCUGCUAGAAUCUAGAUGGACUGCUGCCCUAUCUGAAUCUUAUCCUUCCAUUUUUUUUAUUUCUUCUUUUCUCAUAUCUAGAUUUCUUCGCUAAAUUCAGUGACAUUUUUUUUUCCAGGGUUUUACUUUUACCUGCUCUCUCCUUCUUUCGAAACCCUCGAAUAUUUCCUGUGCUUAUUACCCAAACUAUCGAAUCGCGGGUUUCUCUCUUCAUAUUUUCUGCCGUUGCUGUUGCCCGUGGUUGCUCUUCUUCCCUUUCCUUUUUUUUUUUUUUUCUAACUAAACUUUUAUGGCAUUAAUUUCGGCCUUGUGCGAUAUCUUACAAAGACCUACGAUUGGGGACGUUUUCAUGGAGCUGGUGAUGUUUUUGGGUCCUCUGUCGAUUGCUUUUCUUAUAGGGCUUGUAAUUGGAUGGUCGUGGAAGCCAAAAUGGGCGACUUUGGGCGGACAUAAGCUGGAUUGUUCAGUGUUAAAUCCUUCUUCAUCGUUACAAUCGCCAUCCUUUUUGCCUGGUUUUAUUUCUCCCCCGUUGUUUGGUUUUGUUUCCAUACCAAAAAGCCUUAAUUCUUUGAAGCCACAGCUGCCCAGUUGCAAUUCAUGGAUCUCUGAUGAUGGGUUGGAGAAGGAGACCUUCUCUGCGCCGGCAGCUGAAAGUCCCAUCUGCAGUUCGUUACAGCUGAAAAGUGAAAAAUCGGUUCUUGUGACGGGGGAGGAUCUAGAACAUUUGUGUCAGCUUGUUGAGGUGAAAGACGGAGGUCCAGCAUGGAUACAGAUGAUGGAUCGCUCAACCCCUAACAUGAGCUAUCAAGCUUGGCGGAGAGACCCUGAGACCGGCCCUCCACAAUACCGCAGCAGAACUGUUUUUGAGGAUGCUACACCGGAGUUGGUGAGGGACUUCUUUUGGGAUGAUGAGUUCCGAAUGGAGUGGGAUGACAUGCUUAUACAUUCUACAACAUUGGAGGAAUGCCCCACCACAGGAACUAUGGUAGUUCAUUGGAUACGCAAGUUCCCCUUCUUCUGUAGUGACAGAGAAUACACCAUAGGACGCCGAAUUUGGGAAUCAGGAAGAACAUAUUACUGUGUCACUAAGGGAGUACCCUAUGCUUCUGUGCCAAGGCGUAACAAACCAAGACGUGUUGACCUGUACUAUUCAAGUUGGUGCAUUCGAGCUGUGGAAUCAAAGAGAGGAGGUGGUCAGCUGACUGCCUGUGAGGUGGUACUCUUCCAUCAUGAAGAUAUGGGCAUUCCAUGGGAAAUUGCGAAGCUUGGUGUUAGACAGGGUAUGUGGGGAGCUGUGAAGAAGAUUGAACCAGGCUUACGUGCCUACCAGAGACGUAGGGCAUCAGGGGCCCCAAUCUCCCAGUGUGCUUUUAUGGCCCAGAUCAAUUCCAAGGUCAAUGCAGAGUACCUGAGAUCAUUAGAGACCAACAAUGGUUCCUCAGAGGUUGAAAACUUGAAUUUGUCUGAUGAGAAACCCAAGGGGAAGGGCAUCCCGAAGCUCCUGGUUGUAGGUGGGGCUGUCAUACUUGCUUGUAGUCUUGACAAAGGCCUGUUGACCAAAGCAGUUAUAUUUGGAGUAGCCAGACGGUUUGCAAACAUUGGGAAGAUUGGGAGGAGGUUGUGACGCUGCCUCACUCACCAGGGAGCAACUGGAGGAAUACCAUGGAGGGAAUUCUGGAAUUAGAUAGCAUUUUUUAUUCUUCACUUCAGAAAAAAAAAAAAAACCCCAGAAUUUAUCACACCCGUCCAAUUCGGGUGAGGGGGGAAAGAUGUACGGUUAGCCUUAGCCCACCAAAGUAUGUUUGUAGUCUAUAGAAAUAAAUAAUGUCAACAAAGGAUGAAGGAUCCAAUGCCACUGGAAUAAGGGCCGGAAUCUAAUCCAAUUUUCCUUCUCA